AUGUCGCUUGAGGCAAUCAGCAUUCCUCCUAGAGGUAUAGGCUCCGUGGAGCUGGGCUUGGCCUUCCUGCCACGGGAGAUCUUUUGGAUGAUCUUGAAACUACUCUGUCCCAGCGACAUUAUUCGUUGUCGCCGAGUCUCGCAAUCGUGGAAUGUAGCGUUCGGGAACCCCUCCAACCUAGUUCCUUUGCUAAAGGAGUUCUUUCCCCUGGCCAAGGAAGUCAGGGCUCUUCACAAAGAAGACAGUUCGAGCACUUCACUGACGCCGGAACAAGAUGAUCAGCACUGGCGCAGCCUUUUUGACCGGAUUGCCUCGAGAUAUGCUCAUCUCGAUCGUGGUAAACCGAGAUCCGUACAGAAAUUCAAGCUGUGCAAUGAUUUUGGCCCGUCGGGGGAGAGAGAAUGGUUUCCCGUGCAACCCUGGGAUAGCCAUUCCAGUCAUCUCAUGCAACGGGUUGACUGUCCUUUCUCAGAGCCAUUCUGGACCUACGAAGAUGGUCUUCUAGUGUACCCGAGCGCGAAUUACUCGUGUCUCGUUCUCAUGGACUUGAAAAGCAAUGGGGAUUUUAUAGUGCCUUUCGUAAUCACGGGGAAGGUAAUACGCAGAAUUCGAAUGCAGAGAAGAGUUCUUGUUGUCGAGUGGGCAGAACCCAAAGCUUUCCACUGGUUAAACGACAGCGACGGAGUACACCGCCAUUUUGCUUCGUCAUUUGAUGUAAAUCAGGCAUCUAAUGGCUGGACUAUUACAUUCCGAAAUGAAUGGAAAAUCAUGUUCCUCGGCCAUCCACUCAGUGAGAGGGACAAGUUCUAUUCCACUCAUAGCCAAACACAUUAUGCUAUAUACAUCUGGCAGCCCAAUCGCAGUUUGUACACAGCAGAUGAAGAUGCCCCAAUCGAGUCGCUUUCCGUUUGGGAUAUUUCCCAACCAUCGUCUUAUAGGCCAUCUUUAGAUCCAAAUGGGCACUUACGACAUGCUGAAGAAGACCGUGGCCCAUCGAUUGUCUCGCGGUUUGGAUUUAGAGAACUAGGGUUCUACUCCGUUAGGCAGCGCGGACUUCCUCGUGUGCAGUCUCUGAAUAUCGCCGAUGAUGAUCAAUCUAUAGAGAUCGCGGAAAACGUGUGCACGGGGCCCGUAGACCGGCUCGUUGGUCCAGCUGAAUGGACGUCGCAAGUACAAGUCAUAAGCAUACCCAUUAUUGGCAACGGGCCUUGUUGGAGGCGUCAUGCUAAUCCUACCCUGCCUCCUUAUCGCGGCAACAGUAGUUUGCAAGCAAAACCUCUCACUUUUGCCGUCUGCGAUGAACCUUGGUAUACUAUCAUCUCAGAGACGGUUGAUGAGGAGGCGCAGGUUGGUUUUUGCCUUCAUUUGUCUCCUAUCACAUGGCCAUUUCAUCUCAAAACGUUCUUGAGCAUCCGAACGCCAUCGUCUGCCACCACUUUAAAGCAGGAGGACAUAACUGAGCUCAUAGGGAAAGGAAAGAUCUACGGGACCGAGAAUUAUUUGGUUGGAGAGAAUGGAAAUCGGGAGCUUGUUGUCUAUAGGUUUGAUCGAUGA